AUGGUUGUUCCACGAGAGGAAGCAAAGGUCGCACUCGGGAGACAGCGAUCUCGACAUCAGAUUCUCAUCCAAAGAUGUUUGGAGAUGAAGAACUUGCAAUUCCUGAGAAGAGUCAGCCUCCGGGUCCACGGCGUCGUGGGAGAUCUUUUCUUCAAGCUCGGAUGCCUAUUGGCGCGCAGACCGUGGACGUUCAUCCUCGCCUCUGUCAUCCUGUCGUCGUGCCUCAUUUCGGGGAUCGUUCACUGGCGAGAGGAGGAAGGAGGAACCAUGCACGCCUGGUUCGCCCCGGAGACUCCUAUCUAUCAAACUCAUCAGUGGAUCAAUAAAAACUUCCCGAACGGAGUUCGGUACGAAACAAUUAUCCUUUCCGGGCCCGAUGUACUCACUCCGGAAUACUUCAAAUAUAUGGGGACCUUGGACAAGAAAAUUCGAUCCUUAGUAUCCAAUGGAUAUGCCUGGGAGGACGUCUGUGCGAGGCCAGAGGAAUUCUUAGAGGGACACAAAAAGGAGGAAAGAAGGCGAAGAGAUACCGAAGAUCAAAGUCUUUUUUAUGCAGAGGACCGACGACUCGACCCAGUCCAUGCAGAGAAUCUUGAAACAACUAAAGAAAAUGAAACGACGACGACACCUACAACAGUGACAACAACAGCAAGGAUCAGUCAAGCCGAAGUUGAUCGAGAAGGCGAUUCUAAAGAACUCUUGCAGUACGACGAUUACAAUUACGGCUGGAAGGAGGAUUCGGACGCAUUGGAGGUAUUCGGAGGCGAGGAGGAUGAAAGAAAUCUGUACGAUGAUAGAUGCAUCUAUUCCAGCACCCUUCAACUGUGGGCGGAAGAUUUCGACUUCAGCACUAUCACAACGGCGGAGAUCCAGGACAAAGUUACUCGAGCCCUCGACGACGAGUCACGGAAUGACGUGAAGGGGAUGUUGUCUGAGGUGGAGAGAGACGAAAGCGGAAGAGUCGUGGGUGCAGCGGCCGUCAUGUUCGUCUACAUCCUCAAGGACCAAGCGAAUGCCACCAACAGAAAGGGUCAACCGGUCGAUCUUAUCGCAGAGCCGUGGGAGGAGAAAUUCCUCGAAUUGGUGUUCCACAAUGACCUCCUCAAACCUCCAGGCUUGAAGACUUAUGCCAAUGCAGAACGCAGCUUUCGAGACGGGAUCAGAGAAAUGAGGGACAGAAACAUGAUCUAUUUCGCUCUUGGUUUCAUUCUCAUCACCAUCUACGUGACCUUAAACAUGGGGAAAUUCAACCUCCUUGAACAAAGAGUCUACCUGGGCCUGGCCGUGGUGCUGUGCAUCGGACUGACGAUCGUGAGUGCGGCUGGGCUAUGCCUCUCCAUUGGGUACAUCCCGACGGAGAUUCACAAUCUGAUGCCUUUCCUCAUCCUCGGGAUCGGCAUCGACGACUCGCUCGUCAUCAUCCAGGUGACUCGUUACGACCUCCAUGUGACUCGUUACAACCUCCGUGCGUCUGAGUCUCGUCUCUUGCGAGGUUUUCGUCCACUUGUGCUGCUUGAGUGCCUGGAGAACGUGGCGUCGAAAGGAAGGACUUUGAACCCGGAGGAACGAGUGGGAGAAGCGUUGAGGCAGGCUGGAGUCUCCAUCACCAUCACGUCCAUCACGGACGUCUUUGCCUUCGCCAUUGGAGCCACUACGAGAGUACCAGUGCUCCGGAGCUUCUGCAUCUACACGACCGCCGGGAUUUUCAUCGUCUACGUCAUGACCUUGACAUUCAUGGUCCCGAUUCUGUCUUUGGACGAAAGGAGACGAGACAGCGGGAGGGAAGGAUGCUUGUGCAUUCGCUUGCCAGCCGACUACAAGAAGAACAGUUGCUCCCAAAAACGCCUGCUCGAAGCCAUUUUCCGCAGGAUCUUUGGACCAUUGCUUGUCAAAACUCCAGUGAAGGUCGUUGUGGUGUUACUUACGAUGAGUCUCUUGGGUCUCAACUGUUGGGGAUUGUCUGGGUUGAAGAACGACUUCGACAGAACCUGGUUUUUGAAUCCGGGAUAUCAGAGAGACUUUGUGUCCGCUGUGCAGGAUCUCUUUCCAGAAAGCGGCUAUAGAGCUGACUUUUAUCUUGAGGACUAUCCGAAAACCGAAGCAGCAUUCGAAGACAAGCUUUCCACCUUUCUGGUCUUCACCAACAAGGGAAGGAAAUUCAUACGCGAUCUUAAAUACACCGGGAACCUCUUAACGGACUUCAACCUAACAGCUUCGAGAGGUAGGUACCAACACAUUUAUUUCAACACCGGGGACGAAAAACGACAAGGACUCCGCGAGGUGGAAGAGGUUAUGCACGGAGUCCAAUUCAAGGGGAGAGAUCCAUUCAGAGGAAUCUUCACUUUUGAGUACCGCGUCAUCCGAUCGAACGAGGCAAGCCGUUUCCACUCUUUGAGGGCGCAUCUCCGGGGUUCCAGUGAAACUUUUUCCCCACGUCCACACUUAAUGGAGAUGCUGAAUGGCACACUGGCUGUGCUGUAUUGUGAUUUGCAUGUUACUCCAAAGGUUGUAUCCGAGGAGCUGCUGAGGAAUCUCAGUCUGACUUUGGUCGGAGUGUUCGGGGUGACAUUGGUGCUGAUUGGAGACCUGCAGGUCUCUAUAUGGGUUUUCUCCUGCAUUCUAUUCACACUGAUCGGAAUCGCAGGCAGCAUGCGAUUCGCCGGUCUUACCAUCGAGCUCAUGGCGUCAGUUCUUCUCAUCUUGUCUGUCGGCUUGGCAGUCGACUAUUCCACACACAUCGCUCACAAAUUCUUGGUUACUCCUGGCGAUUCUAAAGACGACCGAGUGAGAAUCACCUUGGCAGAAAUUGGUCCACCCGUUUUCAAUGGAGGUUUUACGACAAUGAUGGCUUUUGUGUUUUGUCUUUGGAGUGAAAAUUAUCUCUUCCAAAUUACCCUCAAGGUUAUCUGGUUUUCGGUGAUAUAUGGGUUGUAUCACGGAUUGGUUUACCUGCCGGUGAUGCUGAGCUGGUUCGGUCCACAACCUUUUGUUGAGUCGCUGGAUUCAACCAAGAAUAGCCCUGCCCAGAGCGGCCUCGAUCCCGGUCUAGGGGAAGCUCCAGAGAAGCCUGACGCCGGAAAGACAAAUGCCUCAAGCCUCAAGAGAAAGCUUUUCUGGAAGAACAGCAGAGGGGAGUAUCCGAUCGGAAACCAUUCAAGACAGAUGGCGAAGGGGGAAACUGCAAAGAAGAAAUCGUCUUCCGUCUCUCCCAGUCGCAAUGAGACCGAGUCCUGCGCUGGGACGUAUCGCCUUCGGAGUCCCAUUAUCAGUUGACUUUCGUCUGCUUCAAAAUCCCAUCUGUGAUGUAAUCUUCCGUGACUGCAAGCACCAUCGAGAAGCUUGCAGUACAAGCUGGGAGUUCUGGGGAAAUCCCGGCGAGAUGGCUUUGGGCUCGUUUUCAUUUCUUAUAUUGAGCUUGUGACGUGUGUGAUGCUUGUGCUUUGAGACAUUCUGGAAAUCUGUUACUCUCCGUGAAAGGAAAUAAUGUGAACAUGACUGUUAAUCUCUUUCAAGUCCCCUACUUCGUGACACACGUCAAUUCAGAAUGACAGGAAUCAGAGACAAGGCAUUAUUCUUACUUACUGCGUAC